AAUCCGAGUCGUCGCAAAUGAGAAGAUGACACCCGCUUAGCAGGGGUGUUUGCAGUAAACAACAGCCGCCCCCAAAUCAAGUAGUUGUUUUCGUCGUUUGAGUUAUUGUUGUUGCAUGACAUGACAGUCUGUAAAUUGCUAGGCGCAUCUGAUUACUUUUGCUUGUUCAAUUUCAAUUUCUAGACUUGUAUAUUUUCUCUAUUUUUAUAGAACAGCAAUCACGUUCGCGAUUUCAUUCCAAGUAAUGUACAACAUUUCGCUGAUUAUUUAUAUCAUUUAGUUUAGUAAAAUGAUUUGUAAUCGUACAUGCACAGCUACUAUACAAUGUUGACAAAAAUCAACUACAAUUUUAGUAUAUAAAAGCAAAGCGAUAUUCAGAUUAUAAUCAAAACGUUUGCAACUCUUCUAGAGGAACUUUCUUAACAAGUACUCAGGACCUUUCUUAAAAUAAAAUCAUUCAGUGAAAAUGCGUGCCUUUAGCGUUUGCUUAGUAUUGGUGGUGUUCGUGGCAAUGCUGGUCAGCGCCAGCGGUAAUCCCAUUGGCGAUGACGGUGUACUCACUUUUGAGGCAGCCGAUCAUCCGUUAAAUUUAUUCGAUGUCGACGCGCAGCAAGGACAUGAGAACGAAGGCGAUCGCUUGGCGCGGGGCUAUCGUGGUGGUUAUCGUGGCGGUUAUGGUGGAUAUCGUGGUGGAUAUGGUGGUGGAUAUGGUGGAUACCGUGGUGGAUAUGGUGGAUACGGUGGAUAUGGCGGUCAUCGGGGUCGUUAUUAUGGUUAAAAUGACGAUACGAAUAACGAAUAUAUAUCUUUAAUUUGAAUUGUGAAAUUAAAAAUGUGAUUUACUAAGCUAAAAAAAUAAAAACAAACACAAUAUUGCCAUAAUUUGUUGUGUUUUCUGUUAAAAAUAAAGUUUUAUUAAACUUCAACUUAG